CAUUUAAAAUUGCAAUCAACAGUUUCUCUCGUAACUACACAAUGAAAUCAAACAAUACUAUUGCGUCCAUUAUAAUUCUCUGCAUUAAUCUUAUUUUUGCUUCAACCCUUGUCUCUUCCACUCCAAAUCCUAAGACACCACCAACUCAUCCCAAAACACCACCUCCUCCAUCAAAACUCCCACCAAGUCAAAUGACACCACCACCCCAUCUCAUGACACCACCACCUAUGGUACCUCCUUCCGUGCAACCUUCUACACCCCCACCAACUAUGACGAUCGCACCACCUUGUCCUACUACACCACCACCUACAACAAAUCCAUCCGCACCCCCUUCAAAUCCUAUGACAACACCUCCCAUAGUCUCUCCUUCCACACCACCGCCAAGUCCUACGGCAACACCCCCUAUGAUCUCUCCUUCCACACCACCACCAAGAUAUUUGACACCCCCGCCUAAGAUAACUCCUACGACGUCACCUACUUGUCAAAUAGGAAGAUUGAGUGUUUGUGCCAAUGUGUUGAAUGUUGUGAACGUAGGGAUUGGACGAGAUACUAAGCCUUGUUGCAACCUCAUCAAUGGUCUUAUUGAUCUCGAAGCCUUUAUAUGUCUAUGCGCUGCACUUAAGGCUAAUAUCUUGGGAAUCAUCAUUAUUGAUCUUAACAUUCCCUUGCAAUUAAUCUUGAACCGAUGUGGGCGUCAAAUGCCUACAAAUUUCAAAUGCAGCCGUUAA